CCGAACCCAACCCACAGCACAGCACCGCAGCACCACACCCUGCUAAAACGCGGUUGGACCCGUUGUGCGCACGCUUCACUCACUUCCAUCCUUGUUCUGCUCUUCUUCUUCUCUUUCCAUCACCACCACCACCACUGCCUAUCUCGACAUUUACAUUUCCUCGUCUUCUUUUUUCCCCCGACCCAUUGUCAUCAUCCUUUUUCUUCUUCUCUCCUCUCUUCGACACACUCCAUCACCCUUACCUCCUCCGCCCUCCUCCUCCGCCGCCGACGCCGAUCACGCACACUACCACAACAACAGCUUGCUCCUCCAACCAACACUCAACCCGACUACCCCACCCCUCCAGAGCAACCACCACCCAUCGCAGCCUGGUCCAGCGAACAACCGCACACGCAACCACCAACCAAACCCUACGGCGCUGGCCCGCAUCGUCGGUUUACUCAUUCCCAGAUUCUCUCCUCUUGGCGACGCCGCUUGCGCCCAACAUCCUCUAAAAUUCCGGGAUUUGCAGCGCCAAGUCAACCAUUCCUGCAUCGCAUCGCACAGCUCCGCCGUUGCUCUCCCUCCGCUACUACCGCCCACCCAUCCGCUUCGCCUCUCUCGUCCUGCGCCUCUCCAGGCGACCGUCCUUAGUCGCUCGUUUCGAUAGUUACAUGAAGCUCCUGGCGAGCCGCUGCCAACUUUCACCACCCUCGUUUCCGCAGCGCCGAGUUGCGCUUGAAGCCCUGGCGGCUGCCUCCAUGCAAACAUGGCCACAGUGGCCGCCAACGUUCGGGUCUCGGGCCCUCCCAAUAGCAAUUUCCUCGUAGGAUAUCCUGGCAUCUCGGCCACCUUGCCCCGUGUCGAAGGUAAAGUCGAGAUCCGUCCAGGCCAGGGCUUUUCCAUGCCCGUCCCCAUCUCUCUCGUCCGCAUAUGCCUUCAGCGCAGAGAAUCAAUACAUCCCGAUGCCGACAACCUCGCCAAGCGCCACCUCGGUGCUGCCCGUCGCGAAACAACAGAUGUGGUUGGCAAGGAACUCCUCCUCUUCCGCUGCUCCACCGGCAAAGAGGCAGAGAGUGUCAUCGCCAUGGAUCUGCCCUUUGUAAUAUUUAUUCCUUUUGGCCGCGGCGGCGAAGAGUCUACGCGUCGCAUUCCGUCCGCUUCCCUUCAGAUUGGCAACCGAACCGUCGAAACCUUUUACGAAAUCGUCGUCAUCGUCCAGCAGGGCCAUAGCAACCAGUUCAAGUACACCUUUCCCAUGCCUCUUCAGCGUUACGACACUCUCUCCACCUUUGGCAUGUACAAUAAACCCGAAACAAAGCUCGCCACUAGCGAUAACAUUGUCCAUCUCGGCGUCAACUUGCCGCGCUGGAGCUACGGCCCCGGUGACCCGAUAGCGGUUUAUGUCAAGGUCUCACCGAAUCUCGACUGGAUGAGCAAAGCCAAAAAAGUCACCAUUGAUAAGAUUACACUACAAAUCGAAGAGGAAAUCACCUUUAACCCCGACGGCGAUGAGCCCACCAAGAAAAUAAACAAGCUCGCCAAGCAGGCUCAGUCCGUCAAGGCCAAGCUGCCCGAAGCCGGCUAUGCCACCAACAUGGGCCUGGUGUUCCCCGCAAAGGACCUCCGCGACUCGGAUGGCAUUGUCAAGCGAGGAAAAGCGGCGUUUCCCAUGUACGAGCUGGCCUCAUUUACAACACAGUCCUCACUCUACAAGAUUGAGUUCUUUCUCAACAUAAAGCUACAAUUAAGCGGUGCGCGCGAUAUCAGCCUUCGUCAACGAAUUGUCAUAUGCCCAAUGGACCAGCAAGGAUGCAAAGAGGAAAUGGAGGCCAUUGAGCAAGCCGCCAAGGAUGCUGCCAAGGUCGACGCCUCCAAUCCCAUGCUUCCAGCGCGCACCAUUAUCCUUGCCAAUGACCGCGACUCGUUGCGUGCCUUGGGCUUGUGCAUGGUUGGUGGCCAAAAGAAGCCGUUUAUCGAAUAACGAGCAACAACUGCUGCAGCAGCAUCAACAUCAGCAUUAGCACCAGCAGCAACUUCUGGAUCGAUAGCAGCGAUAGCAGCAUCACAAGAAAACAACAUUUUCUUUUCGAGAUAUUUUCAUUCUAAUUAUGGCAGCGGGGCGCAUCAAGGAAAGGACGGCGCCGCAUUUGGAAUCACUGGGAAUCAGCAUGGAGCAAAAGGCGUUAUAUAUUUGUCUGCACAUUUGUCUGUUUUUUUCUACCGUUGGUUGGACGCCGGUAAAGCGGAAUGACCGCUUUCUUGUCACAUCACGAUAUACAUGUACACUCAUUUCGGCAUAGGUCAUCGGGCGUGUCAUAAUAUGUGCAUUUUCUAUUCACCAAUUAAAAAACUACUUUCUACACAGAAUCAUUCAUGUUAUGUUCAUGAACCCUCAAGAACGAUAGCACCAUAGAAGGUGUUCAGCGGGUGUUGACAUGCUAUGGGGCGAACCAGUUCUAACCCUUGAUGCCCUGGACCAAGCUGUCACCGAGCGCGGAAAUCGAAGACUCAAAGUCGGUAAAGCUCUUUGCGUUCCACUUGGCCCCGUUAGCUCCAGGGACGGCCUUGCUGCCCUUGAACGCAAUGUAGAGGACGUCGUUGGCAUCGUGAGCAGCGUCGCCGUUGACAGCUCGGCCAUAGCAGGCUUGGCCGAGGGACAGAGAGGCUUCGCCAACCAGAGGAGGCCCGUCAUCGCCGUUGGUAUCGGCCCAGACACCGUAGAACAUCUUGUCGCCGCACACGACAGCGACAACCGACAGAGGAUCGACGCCGUACUUGCGCGGGUCAAAUGUGACAUAACCGCUCUUGGAGCCGUCGUUGCCUAGCACGACAUACGAGUGGAUGUAGGCAUCAACGUCGUCAAUGCCCUUGUUGUAGCCCUUGACGAUGCUCUUCCAUGUUGUCUGCGACUGUGUAUCGCCUGAGCUGGCGCAGUCGCCGUUGCCCUUGCUUUGGUGGCCGUCACAGUCAAUGUCCAUGUUGACCAGGUUGCCAUGAGUGCCCUGGAGGUAGAUGAUGCCAUCUGACUCUAGAUGGUCACCACAAUACGCAAAGUCUAUGUUGUUGCAUUCUGUUAGCUCAGUCUGCUAGGGAAAUUGUUGACUUUUAAACACAGAGACAUACCCUUGGAGUCCUUUUCCUGGCUGUAGAAGCCACCCUUGAGAAUGUUGCUGCAAGUGCCCUUGGCCCGGAUAGACUUGUACAGGCUCUUGAUGUUGGCUGGCACGUCACGCGCGAGCGCAUCGGUGGCCAGCAGGCCAGUGACAAUGGCGGGGAUCAGAGCGUAUCUCAUGAUGAUGAUGAUAGGUAAACGAGUUCUUUAUGGAAUUGCGGGGUGUCUAUUGCCAGAACUGUUGAGAUCCUGGGGAACAAAGUCACCCUUAUAUAGCUCGUUGCUCUAGCUCAUAUAGACUAGAUACUGUUAGUAUGGGCAUUAGCUCUAGACCGUCUUACAUGGGGUAGCCUCUUCAGGAAGCUCCAUGUAACGUUGGAAUACAGGACGAAGCGAUGCGAUGAUGGCACCUCGGUAUUCAUUUACAGACACUAGCGGCAAGAUCCAUGGCCAAUGCGAAGCAAUACGGUCAUCUAAUUCGCUUGUUCGGUACAUGAAGCUUAUGCGGAGGGGCUUUGUGUUGCAUGGCAGUGUACAGUACAGCUGCAUGCGUUGGUAGCGACGGUGAUGUUUGGUUGGUGGAAAUUGGCAGUUCCGGCCGAUGCACGUGGGCCAUACCCAAUCGUCAAUGCCGACGGUUCCCCAGAGUCUGGGGUAUGGUAGCCACGAUUAUUGGGCCAGCUGAGAUUUUUCGUUAUAUUUGAAACGUUUACUUUUAAUAGACGUGGGGGCGUUGGGGGGUUUUGCUCGCUAAGUUAGUUGCUGGCUAGUUCCGUGGGGUGGAUCGGGAAGGGGUGGCCUGUUACGGCAACCACACUCAGGACAAUGUUGCUGUGUUAUAAAAUAAACAAGCUUUUUUUAGUCUUCUACUUCAUAUCGGUCGCACAGUAUAGAAAGCUCUUCAAUUAGCCAUGACUCGUGUUGGCAGGAUGGUGAUGUGAUCAAGAAGCUUUCCCCUGUUGAGAUGGAGUUAUUUCUACAGUUCCCGAAUAGUUUCAAUAAAGGUAACUUCGACGCUAUUAGUUUUGAG